UGAUAAAAGUACUUACACAGCAACUCUAAUUAAAUGUAAAAAACCAGCGGCACCAACAUUUGGUGUCAGCUUUUGUAAAUACAACGCGUUCAGCAUGAAUUGCACGGGAACGUGCAGAACGGGUUAUUAUUUUCCAAAUGGCAGAAGAGAAAUGCUUCUUCAAUGCAGAACCGAGAACGGAGUUUGGUAUCCUGGAGGAGAAUUUCCUGCCUGCUCACAAUUCGAUAAUGAAAAAUAUACAGAUCCGACUCAACAGCAAGAGCAAUUAAGCAGAUUACUGGCAGUGACUUUAAGCAAAUGCGGAAAAAGAGAAGCACCAGUUUUUGGAUACGUCAAUUGCAAUUACGAUGCUUUAGGAAUGAAUUGCACAGGAACAUGCAAAACCGGUUAUUAUUUUCCUGGAAAGAGAACAGAAACAGUCCUCCGAUGCAGGACAGACACUGGCUAUUGGUAUCCUCGAAACGAAUUUCCUACCUGCAUAUCAUACGACGGCGACAGAUAUACGGACGAGUCUCAGCAACGACCCCAAGAAGUAAACAGCCAAUUGCAGGUCACUCUAGCUAAAUGCGGAAGAAAAGAAGCUCCGGCAGCCGGAUACGUGAACUGCGAAUAUGACACUUUGGGAAUGAACUGUACGGGAACGUGCAGAACUGGCUAUUAUUUUCCGGGAAGAAGAACGGAAAUAACCCUUCGAUGUCGAACAGACAGCGGUUAUUGGUACCCUGUAAACCAAUUUCCUUCCUGCACCUCAUCAGGUGAAUGCAGGUUUCAUUUCUCUGAUUUAUUUCUCGCAAGUUAUUUCUAAAGACAAUUUUAAAAUUUCUCAAAAAGAUUUUAAGAGAUAAUUAAAUAAAUUCGUCUACUGCGUAAUUUAUAACUAUUUUCUAUUCGACCCAAAAAUAAGGAGAAACCAAGAUUAAACUCUGCCGGAAAGAUCUUUUCCUAGAUUAAAUUGAUCAUAUUUUAAAUCUGAAUGCUCGGAAAGACAUUAAUCCCGUUCAGAAAA